GGCGCGUGGGCCCGGGCAGCGGAAGGCUGGGUCCCCAUCGGCUCUCGCCCGGAACACUGUGUGGAUCCCAAGCUCCCGUCCGCGGUUCACGGGCUUUUUCCACUCGGCCCGAAUUUUUGCUCCACCUCCGUCUUUUCCGGAGUCUGAGGUCAGAAGUGCAACGGAGCCUGCCCCUCGGUGGGGAGAGGAGUUUAUUUAGACAAGUUCAGUGACUCCACAGUGAGAGCCACGAGAGUCGAUGCCCUCACCUUGUUGUUUUUCUCCUUUUUUUCUUUUUAACCUGUGGCUUCUGCUUUUUGAAAGUUCUACCUCCUAAGUUAUUUUGGCAAGUACUCAGUAUCUCCUGUGUGGGAGGAGCUGCCAGAACCAAGUUACUUUUCAGAGACGCUGCUUUGGGGCAAACACUGGGUAGGAGCCGGGCAGAGCGAACCUCGUCUUUCCCCUCGAGGAGCUACUGGCGUGAAUGGGGAGCCCAGGUCCUCUCCUCGGCUGUUGUGCACUGCUAUGAAACAGAACACUGGCCAGAACUUGGAAGAGGACACGGGUCAGAAUGAACAGAAGACAGAUGCUCCCUCUGCAGAGAAGAUCCUCUUGGAAGAGAAGGUCAAGUUAGAAGAGCAGCUGAAGGAGACCACGGAAAAAUAUAAGCGAGCUUUGGCAGAUACUGAGAACUUGCGGCAGAGGACCCAAAAAUUGGUGGAAGAGGCAAAAUUAUAUGGCAUUCAGAGCUUCUGCAAGGACUUACUAGAGGUUGCAGACGUCUUGGAGAAGGCGACACAGUGUGUCCCGAAAGAAGAGAUUAAGGAUGAUAAUCCUCACCUGAAGAACCUGUACGAGGGGCUCGUGAUGACCGAAGUCCAGAUCCAGAAGGUGUUCACAAAGCACGGCUUACUCAAGCUGGACCCGCUGGGGGCCAAGUUCGACCCCUACGAGCAUGAGGCCCUAUUCCACACCCCGGUGGAGGGGAAAGAGCCAGGCACGGUGGCACUAGUUAACAAAGUGGGGUACAAGCUGCACGGGCGCACCCUGAGACCCGCCCUGGUGGGGGUGGUGAAGGAAGCUUAGCUGCCUCUGAGGGCUUUGGUGGGUCGGGGGCAACCGUUGGCUUUACCUCUUGAAAGGCUUGUUCAUCUUUUCUCAUCUAAAUACUCUUGAGUUUUUCCCAAACCUUGUUGGAAAGCGUUAGUGAGCAGUGGCUACGAGAAAAUUAAGCCAACUGCACAGCUGCGUUACCGAACUCUAAUUCAGGAGCCUGUUGGUUUUGGUUUUUAAUACACAUUUAGUAAUAGUUCCAUAAGCGUACAGAACAGGCCGAUGGGAGACUACUGGGCCCUCAAGUACGUGAAUAAUGCUACAUCACUCAAACUCUGGUGACGUCAUUCCCAGUGAAUAAAAAGGUCUGCGGGAAUCCCGCUGUCUGACUGGCUGGCCUGCGUCUCGCUGCAGCGGGCGGGCUCCGGGAGUGCUUAGCCCAGCACGUUGCACUCAGUGAAGGGAGGCAAGAGUGGCUAAGAAAACCUGUAUGCCCUGGUCAAGACCAUGCGCUCGCUUAUCACUGCUGUCCAGCUGCUGAAAAGGACCAGCUUUGGGCUUUUCCUUGGAGGUGUGCAGUGAGCAGACACACCUUAACCGUUCUCACCACCUUAUUUUGCCAGUAACUGAAUUUGAGAAAAUCAGAUACUUGACCCGUUUUGUUCAUCUAUUUGUAGAAAUGUUUAAAUCUUAUAUUCAGCUAGUUACUGAUGACCUGAAAAUAUUUUCCUUAAUAAGCUGGACUUUCUCAAAAUCGGAGGACUGCAUGCUUGGUAAAUGUUAAUGUUAAAUUUUUAAAUUUUAUUUAAGAGGAUUAAAGCCCUAAGAUGUUUA